GCAGCUCAACAGGUUUGUUUUGGUACUUACCUUCAGCUACACCAUUCUACUGUAACUGAAGUAGGAUGAAGGCAUACUUCAAAAUGGAAAUGUAAUGUCUAAUAUGACUAUUAUUUAUAAAGUUGACUGAGACUAAAUUACAGCGUCGCAGGCGUUGAGAAAACCUUGCCGUGACCCGGAUUCGAACCGGGGUUGCUGCGGCCACAACGCAGAGUACUAACCACUAUACGAUCACGGCGAGCUGCUCCGAGGCUGAUGACGCACACUAGCAGUGCAGUCACAGUCAAAAUAAUUUGGAAAUGUCCCCCGUUUGGUUGACACGGGAUUAAAAUCCAUGUCAUUAUUUAAUCAUUUAAAGUGUUUCUAUUUCAGCUAAAGCAGCAGCAAUUUGCCUGACGUCAUAGUAGUGUGUCAGUGUAUCAGUACGAGUGUCUGUGAGUGCGUUUUUGUGUUUUUUUUUGGGGGGGGGGGGUGGAGGGCUGGAGGGGGGCGGGGGCGGCUCUUUGACUUAAAGCUCUUUGACUGAAAGUUGCAUCAGUAGAGGGCGCCCUUCUCUCUCUCUCUCUAUCAUAUUCACAAGUAUCGCUGGUAACUAAAGUGUUUUCCUCUAUCAUUCUCACAUGGACCGGAACCACGCAGCACCACGUGACCCGGACUAGAGUGAGCAUCUCUCACACCGCAUCAUGGCUGCACAGGCUGCGGCGGCGCGGUUCCGAAGCGGAGCCCUGUUCCCUCGCGGGGCUCCGCUGUCUCCCACCAGGCUGCUGCUGCUCUCCCUGGCCGCCUGCGCGCUCUUCCCGGCGCCGGCGCUCGGUUUGCUUGGCUUCCGCCCGGAGGAGACCGGAGCGGAGCUGUCCGUGGAGGACGGGGUGCUGAAAGCCACCGAGGGGACCCGCUUCAUGCUGCGGGUUUACUACUCUACCUCCCCGCAGAGGUUCAACCGCACCGUGGGGACGCGCGCCAACAACGCCGCGCCCUGGAUCGCCUUCAUCGAGGAGCCAACUCCCGGCAGAGAGGGACAAGUUCACCCUAAGCGGAAUAUGUGCACGGACAAGAACGCCAGGACGUCUGACAUCGAGGUUCUGGGCUCUUUCAAGUCCGCCUCGAGCCAGAACUCCGUGCUGGUGGAGCUGCUGGCCAAAGACCUGCGGAGGGGGGAGAAGAUCAAAUACUACUCCAUGUGCGCCUUCGACGGAUCCAAGUGGGAACACUACCGAACUCGGGAUUUCUGGGUGGCCGUGGUGGAGCGCUCUGCAGUGCCGGAGCUCUGGCUGCAGGUUCUGGUCUCGGUCCUGCUGCUCGGACUCUCUGCUCUGUUCAGCGGGCUGAACCUGAGCCUCCUGGCGCUGGACCCGGUGGAGCUGCAAGUGAUCCAGAACAGCGGGACCGACGCCGAACAGAAUUACGCACGGAAGAUUGAGUCCGUACGUCGGCAUGGAAACUACGUGUUGUGCACGUUACUGCUGGGAAACGCGAUCAUCAACGCCUCGCUCGCCGUGUGGAUGUGUCAGAUUCUGGGCAUGACGUGGGUUUCCACGGUCAUCUGCGCCUUCGGGAUCUUCUUCAUCGGAGAGAUCCUGCCGCACUCGGUGGCGUCGCGCCACGGACUCGCCAUCGCCUCCAAGACCAUCUGGGUGACGCGGCUUCUGAUGGUGCUCUCCUUCCCCAUCUCCUACCCCAUCAGCAAACUCCUGGACCUCAUCCUCAACCAGGAGAUCUCAAACUUCUACACCCGAGAGAAACUUCUGGAGAUGCUGCGCGUCACCGACCCGUACCACGACUUGGUCAAAGAGGAGCUCAACAUCAUCCAGGGCGCGCUGGAGCUGCGCACCAAGACCGUGGAGGACGUGCUGACGCCGCUGACCGACUGCUUCAUGCUGGCGUCGGACGCGCUCCUCGACUUUAACACCAUGUCUGAGAUCAUGCAGAGCGGCUACACGCGCAUACCCGUGUUUGAAAACGAGCGCUCCAACAUCGUGGACAUCCUCUUCGUCAAAGACCUGGCCUUCGUGGACCCGGACGACUGCACCCCCCUGAAGACCAUCACCCAGUUCUACAAACACCCGCUGCACUGCGUCUUCAACGACACCAAGCUCGAUGCCAUGUUGGAGGAGUUCAAGAAAGGAAAGUCCCAUCUCGCCAUCGUGCAGCGGGUGAACAAUGAGGGAGAGGGCGACCCGUUCUACGAGGUGAUGGGCAUCGUCACUCUGGAGGACAUCAUCGAGGAGAUCAUCAAGUCAGAGAUCCUGGACGAGACUGACCUCUACACUGACAACCGGACCAAACGGCGCGUUUCUCACCACGAGCAGAAGCAGCAGGACUUCUCCAUCUUCAAACUGUCGGAGAACGAGAUGAAGGUGAAGAUCUCCCCUCAGCUCCUGCUGGCGACGCAUCGCUUCCUCUCCACAGAGGUGGAGCCGUUCAAACCGGCUCACAUCUCAGAGAAGAUCCUGCUGAGACUGAUCAAACACCCCAGCGUGGUCCAGGAGCUGAAGUUUGACGAGAAGAACAAGAGAGCAUCGCAGCACUUCCUGUUCCAACGCAACAAACCCGUGGACCAUUUCGUCCUGGUGCUGCAGGGUCGAGUGGAGGUGGAGUUCGGUAAGGAGGCGCUCAGAUUCGAGAAUGGAGCGUUCUCCUACUUUGGAGUUCCUGCUAUCAUGCCAACAGUCCACAGAUCUCCGUCACGCAGCAGUGGUCUGGACCGCUCAGAGUCCAUGCUGUACGGAGGAAGUAUGGGUCAGCUGAACGGAGGAGGGAACGUCUACCUGCCGGACUACACCGUCAGACAACUCACACACCUCCAGAUCAUCAAGAUCACUCGGAGUCACUACCAGAACGCCGUGACGGCCACCAGGAUGGACAGCUCUCCUCAAACACCCGACGCCGACGCUCGCCCCGCAGAGGGGAACACCCCGACCCCCGAUCCUCCCACCUCAGAACAUUCGACCACACUGAUGCCCCCGCCUCACCCCACCACCAUGCUCAUGCCUCCCCCCAGGGAGCCCGGCCGACUGGGCUCAGCCAGAGCCCACGGACCGCAGUCCGGCGUCCUGCACAGCACAUCGCUGCUGAACGAGAAGAACCGCAUCGUCAGGAGUAAAUCGGACGGUCAGAAGAGUCCCAGCGACUCCGUGUUCCUCAGGAUGGAUGAGAUCCCGUACAUCAGAGAGGACAGAGCUGAGGUGGACACAGACACUGACCUGACCUCCGUCCCCAUAGAAAGGGACACGUCCCCCUUCAUCAGCAGCCUGUCCCUCAGCAGCUCAGAGGACACACUGGGGAAGAAACUCCUGUUGAAACUCAGCCACAGGAAGAGGAAGAAGUCACGGGAGGGGGAGAAAACCCCAGAGGACGUUUCAGAGCAGCCGCUGGUUCAACCCUAACGAGGAUUUGUUUUUCUACACAACAGGACUCAAACUCCCAUCAACUCCUGGUUCUUUAACAUGUUCAUGGUGGGUGAAGAACGGCUCUCAGAGUUUUAUCUGAGAAAUUCACUUCUCUCCUUCGACCACCAGGGGUGUCUCACACACAGGAGGAAUAUGUGGGCAAUAAAACUUUAACUUUUACGUGUUGUCUACGACAAAGACGAUGUAAAUGAUACACUGGCUCCUAUUGGUGUUCUGCUGGACCAAUCAGUGAGAAUCACGUUCCCAGUGGAUGAUUUUAAUAUCCUGCUGUUGACAAGAUGUUGAAUUGGGGAAAAAAGACAAACACGCAAAAGUUCGUGGUAUUUUUCUGCACAUCGACACUCAGUGAUGUUUACUAGGGAUGUCCGAUAAUAUUUUCCAACUGAUACCAUCCUCCGAUGUUAGCAUAAUUACGUCAAAUCUGUAAGAAUCGUUAUCAGUAUUUUCUCCGAUAAUGAACUCUGAACUCGACGACUCGACGCCUGGGUUAGAAAGUUAAAAGUCUGGUAUUUGUCAAACACAUUUCAUUUCUUAAUGAGUAAUUAAUACUAAAAAAAACCGUGGAGUGACGUCACAGCUCUGAUGACUGUUUAUUACAUGUGGUCUAUGUUCAAAAACGAAUGUAAGGUCGUGGCUGAUUUUCUCGUGCACGUACGUGUGCCAUUAUCAUCAUCAUCAUCAUCACUGCGUGUCACAGACGUGCACGUGCUCGUGCACUUUCCAUCCCGUCCUUCUGCUGCUGAGAGGACGGGAUGGAGAGGGCGUGGCCUCGCCUGACUGCAUUAGGAGGAUCAGAUUU